AGCAGCAGCAGCAGCAGCAGGAGCACGGGGAGAAUGAGGAGGGCGAUGACGACGACAACACCGUCACCGUCGAUGACAUCGUCGUUGGCGUCGCACGGAAGUGCGGCGUUGGUCCCGUGGAGCGCCACCUAUUCGGCCUGUGCGUGAUGCCUUCGUCGUCGGCGGCGGUGGCAACAGCAGAGUCUACGAUCGCGUGGCUGCACCCGGGCCAUCGCGUGACAUACGCCGAGGGCGCCCCGCCGCUACGCGUCACGUUCAGGUUCUGUUACAUGGUGCCCGACCUCAACCACCAGUUCUCGUUUGACGAUGGUCACGGUGACAAGGUGCUGCGACUAAGCCGCAGCACGAUCCGCUACUUGUUCCAUCAGUGCAAGCACGACCUGACGACGGGCAAGAUACCCGCAGUGCUUCAUCUCAAGGAUGCUGUGAAAAAGUGCUUGGGUUUCGCUCUGGUCGACAUGCUGAGGAUCAUGCGACAGGAGAAGAUCGAGGGCGUCCGGCAGUUAGAGCGCAAGCACAGUUUUAAGGACAUGCUACCGGACGGAGCGCUGUCCUCCUUCAACUUGCUGGAGCGGUAUUACUAUGCCCCGAAGAGAUUUAGGAAGCAGCUGACCAUCUACAAUAAUAUCUACAAACGUCAUGAUGAGUUCUUCUGCAUGGAACUCUACAUUUCGCAGCUCCUAGGCACCUGCAAGGAGGUGGAGUACAUGCAACAGCGAUUCCCCGUCCGAGUCUCAAGGUCGGAGACGACGGUCGAGGGAGAAGUGAGGACCAUAAUGCAGCAGGCCGAGAUAAAGAUAAGUCCGUUUCACGCCGAGCAGCCCGGCGUGCGACUGAAGCUGUCCGAGAGAAAGGAAUGGGAUCACGUUUGUACGAUUGAGGAGCUGAUUUCACUUGCAUUCCACAAGGGGGCGCCAGUAGUUGUACAGUUGGACGAUGCUCAGGAGUCCCCGCCGCCUUUGCCCCCUAGACCAAUUUCCCUGCGUUCUCCACUGCCUCUCACUUCACCCUCAUUGACCUUGACGAACAACGAACUGACGCACGAAACAAACGACGACGCUGACUUCGAUCACUACAGGCGGAUGGGUGCGCCACCGGCUGCCGCGCUCGCCAACGAGUUUGUCUUUGAGCACGAAACAAGCGAGCAGACAUCGCGCGGUGGCCAGAUAGACGACGCCGUGCUGCUGCCCCCUGGUGGCAGCACGUCGAUCGUCGACAUGACGGGCUCACUCGCAACGACCACGGCGACGUCGCUCACCGACCUUGAGCCGUCGUCGCCAGAGGGCGCCUCUGGGAGCAACGAAUCGUGCGAGGACCCGUCGAGCGACACGGCGCCAGGAACGGACGAGCAGCCGGAGAACUCCGAUUCCGGGAAUGCGACGGAGCGGGAGCCGCCAGCAGGGGCCGCCACCAUCGUGAAACGAACGUGUCGCGUCGACAUCAUGCGGAAGAAUGGUCCGCCAGAGUUUCUGGAGUUUGAGUCGGAGAGCAUGGCUGAAGCAUUUGUCAUGCUACUCGACGGUUACUACCGGCUGACAGAGAAGUUCCACUUCAACCUGUGCACGGCCUUCGUGUCACCCUCACUGGAGGAGUUGAAACGCAACAAGUGCCAUGGGGCAGUCAGCAAAGGAGUUUGCAUCGGGAAGCUGAAGGAGCGAGCGCAGUGGAAGGAGGGAUGCUACUUGGUGCGCGAGAGCAGCACGCAGUACGAUCAGGUGUGCCUCGAUGUGUGUGUGCAGGACCAGGCACGGCCGACAAGCUUCACACUCCAGGUGGUGAAGAAGAAAGGUCGCUACUCUCUGAAGGACCAGGACGACGCGCUGUUCACGGACAUCAUGUCUCUCGUGCGACGCAUCGGCGACAGCCAGCAGAUCCCUCUCAGCCGGUGCAUCCACCCUCUCGAGACCGACAAGUCGAAUCUGCUGAUGUGCAGGAAGAGGAGGCAGCAGAAGGAGGAGCAGAUGGUUGCGGUGAACACUGAGUUUCUGCAGCCUCACAUCAUCCCGUCCGAGCAGCUAAGUCUUAGCGCUGGCGCUGUGAUGGCGCGCGGAACGUUCUUGGAAGUGCAUAAAGCAACGUGGGAGCUUCAAAAUAACAUGCCAGUCGCUGUUCAAUGUCUCAGGUCAGAGACAUUCACCGCAGAUUUGAUGAAGGAGUACCAGGACAGUUGCAGUCGGUUUGUGUUUCUGCGGCAGGAGAGCCUGGUGCGUGUGUACGGGGUGCAGCUGAGUCCAUUCGCUCUCAUCGUCGAACAGCUGCCGCUAGGACCCCUCGACCAGUACCUCCAAGCUCACAGGACGAAGUUGAAACCGGUAGACCUCGUGGAGGCGGCUGCGUUCCUGGCGAACGGACUCUGGUACAUGGAGGACAAGGCCGUUUGUCACGGCAACAUUAGGUGCUGUAAUGUGAUGGCAUGCCACGAUGCUACGGGAAAAUUCCGAGUCAAGCUGUCGGAUCCCGGUCUUCCUAGCACGCAUGCCGACAGGAUCCAUUGGCUUCCACCGGAGAACUUUGCGGUGAUCAACGACGCGAGGUCGUAUCGGCCGUCGCGCCGCGCUGACAUCUGGGCGUUCGGCACCACUCUGUGGGAGAUAUUUGAGUUUGGGGCGCGUCCGCGGGUCGACGAUCUAGACGCCGUCGAGUACCUCUCACAGACGCUGAGCGAUACGGAGAAGCUGGUGUACGCGUACAUGCAAGGAGCGAGGCUUCAGCAGCCAGGCGUGCUGGCCACCUUGCAGGAGGAAUGCCUCGGCAUCGAGCGAGACAUCUACAUGGGCGUCAUCAUGAGGUGCUGGGCGCGAGAGUCCGCUAACUGCGGCAGCGCGCACGAGCCUCUUCCGCGACCUGCCACACCGCCGUCGUCUUCUGCCUCGCGAAGAUUGCAUGACGUGUCUUAUCUGGAGUAG